AUUUUGAUUUAUUACUUAAAGAAGAAAACCUUUCAACACAACAUGAUUUAAAAGGUUAUUUAACAAAAAAUAUAAAUAAUAUUAAAAGCUUAAGAAUCAAUAUCAAAAAGAGUAAGUCUAAGAAAAUUGAUAAUGAUCUUAUCAUGAGAGAAUUUACAAGAUUUAUUACAAUUUUAUAUAAUAAUGGAACAAAAAAUACAACUCCUCUUUAUAAAAAUCAAGAAUUAUUUGUAAUUAAAGAUUUCUGUAAAGAAACAAAUGCUUGUAAUUUAAACAAAGAGAAUAAAUAA